AUGGCCCAGCAGAUUCCAAAGUACGAGCUUUUGCCUGAUAUGGAGACGAUAAAAAUAUUACAAAAAUUCAAAGGCGAAAGAACUGGCUUUGUUUUAGUAGGCCCGAAAAAAUAUUUUUUCCCUUUUAAAUUUAUAAAAGAAGGCAUUGGUUUCUACAAUUUUAAAGCCAAGCCGGACGAUACUUGGGUUUUAUCGUAUCCAAGAUCAGGAACUACUCUCACUCAGGAAUUGGUCUAUUUGUUGGCAAAUAAUUUGGAUUUUCAUACUGCGGGAAAGAAACUACUGCACGAGAGAUUUCCCUUUCUCGAAUUCAGCAUGUUCAACCAUCCCGAAGUGACACGCGAAUUGCUUGAAAUUAAUAAAGGCGAUUUCUUGAAGGAACAGUUAUGUCGAGAGAUAGCUAAACCUGGCUACGAGAUGGUUGCCGCGAUUCCAUCGCCCAGAUUUAUUAAAUCUCACUUUCCAUUUUCCAUGUUGCCUGGACUUUUAGACGUUGAUUGCAAGGUUGUUUACGUGGCUCGUAAUCCAAAAGAUGUUGCCGUGUCCUGGUACUAUUGGAAUAAAACGGUAAAGACACAAGGAUAUAUCGGCGACUUCUCCACUUUUUGGAACUAUUUUGAGAAUGACCGUACACCUUGGAGUCCGUACUUUGCUCAUUUGAAAGAAGCAUGGAAUAUGAAAGAUCAUCCAAAUGUUUUGUUUCUUUUCUACGAGGAAAUGAUACAUGAUUUUCCAAAGGCAAUUAAGAAAGUAGCAAAAUUCUUAGGCAAAACAUAUAACGAUGAAGAGAUCAAUAAAGUGGCAGAUUAUUUGAAAAUAGAAAAUUUUCGCAAUAACACCAUGGUGAAUGGUUCUGACUUUAAAGCCUGUGGCAUUAUAGACGAGGGAAAUUUUGUCAGGAAGGGUGGUAUUAAUGGGUGGAAGGACUUGUUUACUCCGGAACUCAACAAAAGGGCAGACAAAUGGAUUGAGAAGAAUCUCAGAGACACUGAUUUGCGUUUCCCAUUUUUUCAAUAA